AUGAGACCUGUGCCCGUGUACGUCGUCCUGCCCGCUUCGAUACUCGCACGCUCGCCUUCCUUCGUCGAUGGUAUAUCUCGUAAUACUGAGAGAUUACAUCGUUUUUUUGGUUGUGAAUUGAUUCAGGAAGCUGGGAUUCUACUCCGUCUACCUCAAGUUGUUAUGGCUACAGCUCAAACACUAUUACAUCGUUUCUAUUAUCGCAAAUCUCUACGUCAAUUUGAUGCCUUUCGUGUCGCUUUUAGCUGUUUAUUUCUUGCUGCAAAGGUCGAGGAAAAUCCAAAGCGGAUUAAAGACGUUAUCGCUGUCUUUUACGCCAUAUUCCGUCGUCGGAAAUGGAAAUACACGACGGUCACGCAGCAGCUCAUUGAUUUCGAUGGUGCUACGUUUAGUCAAUGGCGGAUGUGGCUCAUUAUGGUCGAGCGUCAGGUACUUAUUGACUUGGGCUUUAGUGUCUAUAAUGUGACGGAGCAUCCGCAUAAGUAUGUGCUGUAUUAUAUCAAGGUAUUGGACGGUAGCUCGAAACUCGCACAAGAAGCGUGGGGAUACAUUAAUGAUAGUCUGCGGACAGACCUCUGCGUACGGUACAAAGCACAAGUCAUUUCCUGUGCUGCUAUAUUCUUAGCCAGUAGAUUCCAAGACGUGGCGUUACCUGCAAACCCGCCGUGGUACGCAUUGUUCGACGUGGAGAAAACGCAGUUGUAUGCUGUGAGUGUGGCGAUCAUGGAGAUGUACAAGCAGGAGAAGUUGGAAUGGCUAGAACCGCUUACUGAAGCAAAUCCGUUUGCUGUAGAUGACUGUCCUGUUGAGAAAGAUGUGUCGGGCCAAGAAGAAGAGUUUAUUGCUGUUCAUAACGAGACGGAGAAGAAAAUGUUGACCCAGGAAGGAUUUUCAACCACUGCAGAUGUAUCCAUAGCCGCCACAAGUGAAAGCUUGGAAGACAUGAAGGCUUCCUCAGCAAAAAAUUCCGAGAGACGCAGUCGCUGGGACAAUAGACUGGUUAAAUUUCGCCGUGAUCGCAGUCGCAGUCCAAGACGUUCACGCAGCAGAUCUGACAACCGUGUCCACAAGAUGCACGGACUAAUGCUAAACCUCUCACAAGCCGUAUUACUCGACUCAACGACCUCAUGUACCUCUGCAUCCUCGACUAAGUGUUGCUUCAUCCUUGCAUCUAAAUCCUUGCUAUCCGUUUUCUUGUCAAUACAAGGUCCUGAAGCUUAG